GCUAAAUUUAGUAACAGACUGAGUCCGUUGUAAAUGAAAACAAACGUAGUUUUGAAGUCUUUUGGAGAAACCUAAGUCACUGUUUGAUUGCCCAAUAUACAGAAACACCCAACUUUGAUGUUAUCUACAGCAACUUUGCAAUCAUCAUCGCUGUCACUCAUCCAUGUACGGUUUCUGUUUAUUGCCGCCACAACCCAUUUCGAAUAUCUCCCUUCCAACCAGAUAUAUACUCCUAAUAUUCUCCCUUUUCUACACACACAGCCAGACAGAGUUAGACAGAAACAAAGGUGCAUCAGCAGAAAGAAAAGAUUUUUCUUGUUUAAGAAUUCUUGAAGCCGUACCUGGAACUUUGCCCUUUUUCUUGUGCUACCACAGACAACUGUACAUUAUAUAGCAUUCUGGAUUCAGCAUUAGGACGAAAGGUUCUUUCUUGUUCAAGAAUUCUUGUUACAGGAGUUGGGAAUUCUCCUUUCUCUUGUGUUAUGCUUGUGGAUUUCGUAUCAGGUCGAGUUAGUUGGAGCAUUGCAUUAAAAAAAUCUCCUGUUUCUGCGACGUUGUAAUUCUCUUAGUUAUAUGGCAUCGCCCGGUGAAAGGAGCAGCAGUAGUAUAAGUACUAAUUAUCUCAUGCCAGGACGCAUUGUGAUUGCUUAUGAUGCGACUAAAAAUCAUAGUGCUCGGGAGUUUAAGGAAAUUAUUGCUAAUAUACAGAUGCGGGAUGACAUGAUUCAAGAAGUGGAUAUGGUUACAGUGCUUGGGGUCUUGCAUAAAAUGCUUCAUCCCUUGGGUUUCCAAAUGCAAAUAGGCCCCGACUCUUUCAUUGGAACACGAGUCCGUGCAAUCAAAGGAGAAGUCUCAAGGAUGGUUGAUGCAUUAGCAGGGAUGCUCCAGCGUAGUGCUGAAGAAUGUGAAGGCAAUGGGGUUGGUAUAGAAGUUAAGAUUGUUGUUGGAGCUCCGCUCAAUAAGGUUGUCGUACAAGAAACUGUAGCUUCAAACGCAACAUGGGUCGUUCUUGAUAGGCACCUAAGAAAGGAAUCGAGGUUUUACCUUAAACACAUACCAUGCAAAGUCGCUCUGAUCCUUGAUAACUUCUCUCUGGAGGUUUUGAGGCCUUAUUAUUCUGACAAGGCUACUGUUAAUACCGAGCAUAAGCUGUUUUACUCAUUUUCUAAGCUUGUUCCUCUGUUACCUGUUGAAUAUAAUACCAACAACGAGCAGCCAAGCGUUUCUCCCUGCUACCAUGAAUCUAUGAGUUCCCAGGAAAGCUCUGAUAGUGAGAGGAGCAGCUUUGCAUCUUCACUUACAUCCAAAUCUAAGGAGCAAGGCGUUUUUUCACCAGAUGAAUUUGGCUCAAAUCAUCAGCAGGAGAAAUCAGGUAGCUAUACUAAAGUGAUAAAUAAAUAUGAUAAUUCUCCACCAGUGAUGCAAAAACAAGGACUGAGGAGUCAUUCCAAUGUCCCUGUUCAUCAUCCAGCUAGUGAAAUGAAAUUGGAUCUCGAUGCAAAGACAUGCGAUUAUUCUGAGGUACAGAUUGCCGGGGAUGAUUUUUCAUCGGGAAAUUUAGAGGGACGUGGAACCAAUGCUAAAGUGGAAAGGGAAUCUCUUGAUUCCUACAUAGUGAUGCAAAAGCAAACAAAACUGCAGACAGAUUGUGAUGCACCUCUAACGUCUGAUGAGAUGAAAAUGGAGCUGUAUUUGAUGGGCUGUAGUUAUUCUGAUAUACAGAUUGCGACAAAUGAUUUUUCAUCUGAAAAUUUACUGGGAGAAGGUGGGUACGGAGUUGUGUAUAAAGGUCAGCUUAAGGAUGGGCAGCUCAUUACUGUAAAAGUGCAAAAGGAAGCAAAUACACAAGGUCUCUCGGAAUUUCAUUCUGAUGUAUGCCUCCUAAGCUUGGUGUGUCACAAGAACAUUGUGAUGCUUCUUGGGUGUUGUCGCAAAGAAAACAUAAACAUCUUGGUCUACGAAUAUAUCUGUAAUAAAUCACUGGAGUGGCAUUUAUUUGAUAAUAUGAAACAUGUUCUUGAAUGGCAUCGAAGACAUGCUAUUGCUAUUGGAAUUGCAAAAGGGCUGCGUUACCUACAUGAAGAAUGUAGGGGAAGUCCUAUCAUUCAUCGGGAUAUAAGGCUGAGCAAAAUAUAUCUCACACAUGAAUUUGUUCCGUUGCUGGGGGACUGUGGCCUUGCUAAGUGGGAAAAAAGUAGGUAUGGCAUACAGACAAAACUUCUUGGCACUCUUGAAUAUCUUGCACCAGAGUAUGCAGAAAACGGCAUUUGUUCUGUGAAAACAGACGUAUUUUCAUUUGGCAUUGUUCUGAUACAGCUUAUAUCAGGACGAAAGGUAAUGGAUCCAAUGAGAGACAACCACCAUCAAUCCAUUAGACAAUGGGCUAUACCAUUGAUUCAGACACUAGCACUCAACAAGCUUGUUGAUCCUCGUCUAGGGGACUCAUACAGCACAUAUGAACUGUACCAAAUGGCUAGAGUUGCAUACUUAUGCAUUCAGACUAAACCUGCUAUGCGCCCCACGAUGGGGGAGGUGCUGCACCUUCUUGAGGGGGAGAAUGAUCAUCUACAACACCUAACAAAGCAGUUUAUACCACGUUUCAGUACUGUACAGAAACAGGUCCUACAUCAGGCCCUUGUGGUUUGAUCGCGACUCCCUCUCUUCAUGAGAUGAUUCUACUACAUAUCAACCCAUGAAUGAGAAUUGGAAGUAGAGAAUAGCUUGAAAGCCUUGGAUGUAGAUUAAGAGAAGUAGAAAAGAAGACCGUCUUUCAAAGAAAGAUCUGAGCUACUCAGAAUCAUCAGGAAGCAGGUUCAGAUAUUAAAGAAAUGGCAUGCUUUCGCAAGAUUCUGCUCUUACACACACUACAAACGCCUAUCACUGCAACAUGAUCGUAUCAACUGCUGACAUAUCUGCUUGAGCAACCACAAUCAGUUGAAAUUUUUAGGAGAUUGACGCCCUCUGCAUGCAUGCAUGAUUUGGCUAACUCGAGUUUUAAGUAUUGUUGCCGCACAAUUUUUUUAGUUUCUUGUUGAACGAUUGCACUCAGUAUUUCAAGCAUACUGAUAGAGACACGGUUUGUUGACUUGCUUUGAUUCUUAUGACAUUGAUGAUGAUAUUUGGUGCAUAUUUUAAGAAUUAGACAGAUGCACAA